AUGGCUACUCCCCCAUCAUUUGCCACUCUUUAUAGUAUCAUAUUGGGGCUUUUUCUGGCAUAUAAUGUUAAGUGCAUUGAAGGUCGAGCCUUUAUCGUGUUUGGGGACUCCCUUGUGGACAGUGGCAACAACAACUAUUUGGCUACUUCUGCUCGAGCAGACUCCCCACCUUAUGGCAUUGACUAUCCCACACGAAGGCCCACUGGCCGUUUCUCCAAUGGCCUCAAUAUCCCUGAUAUUAUCAGUGAGAAUAUUGGUAGCCAAGAAUCACCACUGCCAUACUUGAGUCCACAACUCACCGGGCAAAGACUACUUGUUGGCGCCAACUUCGCUUCAGCAGGGGUUGGGAUUCUCAACGAUACUGGAAUUCAAUUUGUGAACAUAAUAAGAAUAGCUGCACAGUUGGAAUACUUUCAACAAUAUCAGCAGAGAGUAAGGGCAUUGAUUGGAGCUGAUAAAACUAAACAACUGGUAAACCAAGCACUAGUUCUCAUCACAUUGGGAGGCAAUGAUUUUGUUAACAACUACUAUCUGGUGCCCUAUUCUGCAAGGUCUCGCCAAUUUGCUCUUCCGGAUUAUGUAAAAUUCCUCAUAUCCGAAUACCAAAAGGUUUUGAUGAAACUUUAUAACUUGGGGGCAAGAAGGGUACUUGUGACUGGUACCGGACCAAUGGGUUGCGUUCCAGCAGAACUGGCCCAGCGGAGCAGAAAUGGCCAAUGUGAUCCUGAACUCCAACGAGCUGCAGGCCUUUUCAAUCCACAGCUUGCUCGUAUGCUACAAAACCUCAACAGAAAAAUAGGCAGGAAUGUCUUCAUUGGUGCAAACACACAACUAAUGCACAAUGAUUUCAUCAGUAAUCCUGGAGCAUAUGGAUUUGUUACCUCAAAGGUAGCAUGUUGUGGUCAAGGUCCAUACAACGGGCUCGGGCUCUGCACAGGGUUGUCCAACUUAUGCCCGAACAGAGACCAGUAUGCAUUCUGGGAUGCAUUCCACCCAUCUGAAAAGGCUAAUAGACUGAUUGGUAAACAAAUCCUGACCGGUACAACAGAAUACAUGACCCCGAUGAAUCUAAGCACCAUUUUGGCCUUGGAUUCUGAGGCAUAA